CAGUAGCGCACGACAUUCUAACUUAAUCCGUUUUAUCUAUGAUAUAAUUUCAUGUCGGCAUCUUUACGAGGUUACGUUACUUUAGAAUUUAGAAAAUAUUUAUCGAAAAUUGUAAAUAAUGACAGAAGAGGAUAAAGAGCUUUUGCCAGACGAAUGGAUGAUAAGAAAAUGUGACAUGUAUAAAGAGGAAUAUAGUGAUUGCACUAACAUCAAAUCACGCUUCAAUCAGUACUUCAUUUUUGGUGAAAUGCUGGACUGUUCUCAAUGGAAGACUGAUCUUCAAAACUGUAGAAAGUGGGAAAAUGAAAGAAACGAAACAGCUUAUAAGGAGCUGGUAAAUAGUGAGUCAAAACGAAGACUCGAAAGACUAAAAGCUCACUAUGGGAACGAUGUAUGGAAAAAGAGAGAUAAACCUCCCAAUGAUUGGAACAAGCCACUACCAGAGUGGAUGCAAAAGGAGCAAGAAAACACCUACCUAAAUUACAAGAAUAACGAAACCAAAGGUGGUACGGAGAACAAUAUGGAUGCCGGAAUAUCUUUUUGCAGUAUAUCCUAGCAGAAAAUAAUUAUUAGAAAUUCUAUCUUGUAAAGCACAUGUAAUAUAUUUGUAAAGUAGAAAAACAAGAUUCUAUCAACGU